GCCGCCACGCAAUGCAAAUCGGGAAAAGGGGAUGAGCUGGGCUGGCUUCCGUCCGGGUAGCCGAGGCUAAUUCUCCCUUGAGUUCCUGGGAGAUGGGCCUCUGGCAAGAAGGUUGGCGUUAGUGAAGCGCGCCUGGCGCCUCGGAAAUAACUACUUUUAAGGUAAUAUAGCAUCCAUUGUGAAAGAAAAGAUAAUUCAUCAUGCCUGCUGUGGCUUCACUUCCUAAAGAACUCUACCUCAGUUCUUCACUAAAAGACCUCAAUAAGAAGACAGAAGUUAAACCAGAGAAGAUAAGCACUAAGAGCUAUGUGCACAGUGCCCUGAAGAUCUUUAAGACAGCAGAAGAAUGCAGAUUAGAUCGUGAUGAGGAAAAGGCCUAUGUACUAUAUAUGAAAUACGUAACUGUUUAUAAUCUUAUCAAAAAAAGACCUGAUUUCAAGCAACAGCAGGAUUACUUCCAUUCAAUACUUGGACCUGCAAACAUCAAAAAAGCUAUUGAAGAAGCUGAAAGACUCUCUGAAAGCCUUAAACUAAGAUAUGAAGAAGCUGAAGUUCGGAAAAAACUUGAAGAAAAAGACAGGCAGGAGGAAGCACAGCGGCUACAACAAAAAAGGCAGGAAACAGGAAGAGAGGAUGGCAGCACGUUGGCUAAAGGUUCUUUGGAGAAUGUAUUGGAUUCCAAAGACAAAAUCCAAAAGAACAAUGGUGAAAAGAAUGAAAAAUGUGAGACCAAAGAGAAAGGAGCAAUCACAGCAAAGGAACUAUACACGAUGAUGAUGGAUAAAAACAUCAGCUUGAUUAUAAUGGAUGCUCGAAGAAUGCAGGAUUAUCUGGAUUCCUGUAUUUUACAUUCUCUCAGUGUUCCUGAAGAAGCCAUCAGUCCAGGAGUCACUGCUAGUUGGAUUGAAGCACACCUCCCAGAUGAUUCUAAAGACACAUGGAAGAAGAGGGGGAAUGUGGAGUAUGUGGUACUUCUUGACUGGUUUAGUUCUGCCAAAGAUUUACAAAUUGGAACAACUCUCCGGAGUCUGAAAGACGCACUUUUCAAGUGGGAAAGUAAAACUGUCCUGCGCAAUGAGCCUUUGGUUUUAGAGGGAGGCUAUGAAAACUGGCUCCUUUGCUAUCCCCAGUAUACAACAAAUGCUAAGGUCACUCCACCCCCACGACGCCAGAAUGAAGAGGUGUCUAUCUCAUUGGAUUUUACUUAUCCUUCAUUGGAAGAAUCAAUUCCUUCUAAACCCACUGCACAGAUGUCACCUCUACCUGUAGAAGUAGAUGAAAAUAUUGAAUUGAUAAGUGAUCAAAAUGAGAGAAUGGGACCACUGAAUAUAUCAACUCCAGUUGAACCAGUUGCUGCUUCUAAAUCUGAUGUUUCACCCGUAAUUCAGCCAGUGCCUAGUAUAAAGAACGUUCCACAGAUUGAUCGUACUAAAAAACCAGCAGUCAAAUUGCCUGAAGAGCAUAGAAUAAAAUCUGAAAGUACAAAUCAUGAGCAACCAUCUCCUCAGAAUGGAAAAGUUAUUCCUGAUCGUUCCACCAAGCCAGUAGUUUCCUCUCCAACUCUCUUGUUAACAGAUGAAGAAAAGGCUCGUAUUCAUGCAGAAACUGCUCUUCUAAUGGAGAAAAACAAACAAGAAAAAGAACUUCGGGAAAGGCAGCAAGAGGAACAGAAAGAGAAACUGAAGAGAGAGGAACAAGAACAGAAAGCCAAAAAGAAACAAGACGCUGAAGAAAAUGAAAUUACAGAGAAGCAACAAAAAGCAAAAGAAGAAAUAGAGAAGAAGGAAGGUGAGCAGGCCAAGAAAGAAGAUAAAGAAACCUCAGCAAAGAGGGGCAAAGAAAUAACAGGAGUAAAAAGACAAAGUAAAAGUGAACAUGAAACUUCUGAUGCCAAGAAAUCUGUAGAAGAUAGGGGGAAAAGGUGUCCAACCCCGGAAGUACAGAAAAAGUCAACAGGAGAUGUGCCCCAUAUAUCUGCGACAGGGGAUUCCGGUUCAGGCAAGCCAUUUAAGGUUAAAGGACAACCAGAAAGUGGAAUUCUAAGGACAGGAACUUUUAGAGAGGAUACAGACGAUACCGAAAGAAAUAAAGCUCAACGAGAACCUUUGACAAGAGCAAGAAGUGAAGAAAUGGGGAGGAUCGUACCAGGACUGCCUUCAGGCUGGGCCAAGUUUCUUGACCCAAUCACUGGAACCUUUCGUUAUUAUCAUUCACCCACCAACACUGUUCAUAUGUACCCACCGGAAAUGGCUCCUUCAUCUGCACCUCCUUCCACACCUCCCACUCAUAAAGCCAAGCCACAGAUUCCUGCUGAGCGGGAUAGAGAACCUUCCAAACUGAAGCGCUCCUACUCCUCCCCAGAUAUAACCCAGGCUAUUCAAGAGGAAGAGAAGAGGAAGCCAACGGUAACUCCGACAGUUAAUCGGGAAAACAAGCCGACAUGCUACCCUAAAGCUGAGAUCUCACGGCUUUCUGCUUCUCAGAUUCGUAACCUCAAUCCUGUUUUUGGAGGUUCUGGACCAGCUCUCACUGGACUUCGUAACUUAGGAAAUACUUGUUAUAUGAACUCAAUAUUGCAGUGCCUAUGUAAUGCUCCACAUUUGGCUGAUUAUUUCAACCGAAACUGUUAUCAGGAUGAUAUUAACAGGUCAAAUCUAUUGGGGCAUAAAGGUGAAGUGGCAGAAGAAUUUGGUAUAAUCAUGAAAGCCCUGUGGACAGGACAGUAUAGAUACAUCAGUCCAAAAGACUUUAAAAUCACCAUUGGGAAGAUCAAUGACCAGUUUGCAGGAUACAGCCAGCAAGAUUCACAAGAACUGCUUCUAUUCCUAAUGGAUGGCCUCCAUGAAGAUUUAAAUAAAGCUGAUAAUCGGAAGAGAUAUAAAGAAGAAAAUAAUGAUCAUCUCGAUGACUUUAAAGCUGCAGAACAUGCCUGGCAGAAACACAAGCAGCUCAAUGAGUCUAUAAUUGUUGCACUUUUUCAGGGUCAAUUCAAAUCUACAGUACAGUGCCUCACCUGUCACAAAAAGUCUAGGACAUUUGAGGCCUUCAUGUAUUUGUCUCUGCCGCUAGCAUCCACAAGUAAAUGUACAUUACAGGAUUGCCUUAGAUUAUUUUCCAAAGAAGAAAAACUCACAGAUAACAACAGAUUUUACUGCAGUCAUUGCAGAGCUCGACGGGAUUCUCUAAAAAAGAUAGAAAUCUGGAAGUUACCACCUGUGCUUUUAGUGCAUCUGAAACGUUUUUCCUAUGAUGGCAGGUGGAAACAAAAAUUGCAGACAUCUGUGGAUUUCCCUUUAGAAAAUCUUGACUUGUCACAAUAUGUUAUUGGUCCAAAGAACAAUCUGAAGAAAUAUAAUUUGUUUUCUGUUUCAAAUCACUACGGCGGGCUGGAUGGAGGCCACUACACAGCCUAUUGUAAAAACGCAGCGAGACAACGGUGGUUUAAGUUUGAUGAUCACGAAGUUUCCGAUAUCUCUGUUUCUUCUGUGAAAUCUUCAGCAGCUUAUAUCCUCUUUUAUACUUCCUUGGGACCACGAGUAACUGAUGUAGCCACAUAAGGAGACAUAGGUUAUAAGCUAGUUAUCUUUUAAAAGGCUCAGCAACACAACUCUUGAAAUGCUUAUCAAGAUAAUGGUAGCUAUAGCUGGCCAUUUAGAGGAAUUCUAGGACAGUGGGAGCUAUGUUACUAGCACUAUAUAAUUCCGGUCAGUGCUGACAAAUAACAUUUAACAAGUAUUGCAGUAAGCAUCACUCACAGGUACCAUUUAUUUCAAAACAAUUUUUUUAAUCUGCUCCAAAGUUAAAAUAAUUAACUAGCUAAGCAUUAUUCUGCUGGUCUAAAACCCAUUGUAUCCUUGUUUUUCCUUUUCACUAUUACGGCCUUUUCACAUUUCUAAAUCCCAUCUUGAUAUACUCUAGAAUGAUGUAAAGCAGAUAGGAAUGUAUGUGUACAUAUUUAUUGCAUACUUGCACAUCAAAUCAAUGUACAUAGUUUAACAUGUGGUCCUUUUGUGAAAACUAGAACUCAGAGGCUUUUUUUUUUUUUUUUUUU